AUGAGCUUCCCUCCAGUGAUAGCAGCCUUCCAUGCACUUUUCGAUGUGAUCGGUCUUCCUGGUAAUUUAUUGGUCAUAGUGACGAUCAUCUUGGAAUCAAGAUUUCAUGUGAUGCGAUAUAUUUUACUGGCAAGUCUCGCUUUGUCAGACUUUCUGCUGUUGGUCCUAGUCAGCUCAUUCCGCAUCAAAAGCAUAGCGCAAGAACAUUGGUUAUAUGGCCAAACAAUGUGUUAUCUCAACUCAUUCUUCAUAAGAUACCUUUAUAUCAACACGGUCCUUCACUUGCUCGCAGUGUCUUAUGAUCGAUACCUAGCGAUAGUCAAGUCGCCUUUGACUUACGCUGGCACCAUUACAAAAACCAAAGUGGUGUGUAUGUUUCUUAUCUGGAUAAUUCCGAUUCCACUUUCCAUCGGUCCAUUCCUCGGUUGGGGAAAGUACGUAUACAACCCAGAGGUGUUCUUCUGCGAGCAGGGAUGGACUGAGAAUAGUGAGUCGUAUAGAGCAGAAAGAGUCGUUUUCCCGACCGCGACCCUUGUUAUACCAUUUCUGAUCAUUGUAUUACUAAACGUGUCAGUAUAUAAGACGGCGAAAAGGCAGAUAAACGCCAUUGAAGUUCAAGUGGGUGGCCCUGUCGAUGCUGAAAACCUUCAACAGCAAGAGAUCGUAUCGAGACGACUAAGGGAUCGCAAAGCAGCUGUGGAUGUAUCCAUUAUCAUCGCCGCAUUUUUGGUGUGCUUUCUUCCCGUCUGGGUCACAGGCAUUUGUCGUCAGUUCGUCCCAGGAAUCGAUAUUCCUGCCCAAGCAGUUCUUUCUACAACGUGCAUUUUCUUCCUCAGUGCAAUAUGCAACCCGAUUAUCUAUUCCAUCCGUAAAAGAGAAUUCCGUAAAGCGGUGAAUAAAAUGUUCCGAUGGAUUGGAGUUUGUCUAUAUUCUAACGACAGCGACAUCGUUUAA